AUGGAGGACGAGCGACUACCCAAACGACUCUUCUACGGAGACGUCGCGACGGGUUCUCGCCGUCAAGGAGGCCAGAUUCGCCGUUACAAGGAUACCCUGAAGUCCUCCCUGAAACGCCCGCAAAUCAACCCCACCAACUGGGAGGAGCUCGCACUCGAUCGACCGACCUGGAGGAGGACAGUGAAGACAGGCGCUGCGAUAUACGAAGCCAACCGCAUCGCUGCCACCAAAGCGAAACGCGAAGUCCGCAAAUCACAACUUCGCCCAGUACGCAACGCCGCCCACAACCGCCUCUAA